AGCUCCAGUCGCCCGCCUCACCUGCCGGCCGGAGGGGGCGGGCAUUGUUCGCCGCCGCCGUGCGCGGGGCCAUGGGGGCCUCAGGGUGCCCGGGGCCAGGCCUGGCGAGGACGCCCCGCCGCCGCUGAGGGCUCCGCGCAGCCGGGAGGCUCAGGUGAGCCGGCCGCGCCAUGGUGGACCCCGUGGGCUUCGCCGAGGCGUGGAAGGCGCAGUUCCCGGACUCGGAGCCGCCGCGCAUGGAGCUGCGCUCCGUGGGUGACAUCGAGCAGGAAUUGGAGCGCUGCAAGGCCUCCAUUCGGCGACUGGAGCAGGAGGUGAACCAGGAGCGCUUCCGCAUGAUCUACCUGCAGACGCUGCUGGCCAAGGAGAAGAAGAGCUAUGACCGCCAGCGCUGGGGCUUCCGCCGUGCGGCGCAGCCCCCCGACGGCGCCGCCGAGCCCGGCGCGCCCGCCCUGCGCCCCCCGCCCGCGCCCGCCGACGGCACCGAUGCGCCGCCCUCCGAGGAGCCCGAGGUCCGGCCAGACGGCGAGGGGUCCCCGGGUAAGGCUCGGCCGGCAUCCUCUCGCAGGCCUGCGGCUGCAGCGCCGGCAGAGCGGGACGACCGAGGGCCCCCCACCAGCGUGGCGGCGCUCAGGUCCAACUUCGAGAGGAUCCGCAAGGGCCACGUCCCGCCCGGCUCGGCCGACGCCGAGAAGCCCUUCUAUGUGAACGUCGAGUUCCACCACGAACGCGGCCUGGUGAAGGUCAACGACAAAGAGGUGUCCGACCGAAUCAGUUCCCUGGGCAGCCAGGCCAUGCAAAUGGAGCGCAAGAAGACCCAGCAAGGCGCGGGGCAGGGCCUGGGGGACGCGCCCAGGCCGCAGUAUCGCGGGCGCUCCUCCGACGGCAGCUGCGCCCUGGACGGCGACUAUGAGGAUGCAGAAUUAAAUCCCCGAUUCCUGAAGGACAACCUAAUCAAUGCUAACGGCGGCAACCGGCCCCCUUGGCCGCCCCUGGAGUACCAGCCGUACCAGAGCAUCUACGUCGGAGGUAUGAUGGUGGAAGGGGAGGGUAAGGGCCCGCUUCUGCGAAGCCAGAGCACCUCGGAGCAGGAGAAGCGCCUCACCUGGCCCCGCAGGUCCUACUCACCCCGGAGUUUUGAGGAUAGUGGAGGUGGCUACACCCCGGACUGUAGCUCCAAUGAGAACCUCACGUCCAGUGAGGAGGACUUCUCCUCUGGCCAGUCCAGUCGCGUGUCCCCGAGCCCCACCACCUACCGUAUGUUCCGGGACAAGAGCCGCUCACCCUCGCAGAAUUCUCAGCAGUCAUUUGACAGCAGCAGCCCCCCAACACCGCAGUGCCAGAAAAGGCACAGGCAGUGCCAGGUGGUCGUGUCCGAGGCCACCAUCGUGGGUGUCCGCAAGACCGGGCAGAUCUGGCCCAGUGAUGGGGACAGCACCUUCCAUGGAGAUGCAGAUGCCUCAUUUGGAACACCACCUGGGUAUGGUUGUGCUGCAGACCAGGCUGAGGAGCAGCGCCGGCACCAGGAUGGACUGCCCUACAUCGAUGAUUCACCCUCUUCCUCACCUCACCUCAGCAGCAAAGGCAGAGGCAGCCGGGAUGCUCUGGCUUCAGGAGUCAUGGAGCCCACCAAAGUGGGUGAGCUGGACUUGGAGAAAGGCUUGGAGAUGAGAAAAUGGGUUCUGUCUGGAAUCCUGGCCAGCGAGGAGACUUACCUGAGUCACCUGGAGGCUCUGCUGCUGCCCAUGAAGCCUUUGAAAGCCGCUGCCACCACCUCUCAGCCUGUGCUGACCAGCCAACAGAUUGAGACCAUUUUCUUCAAAGUGCCUGAGCUCUACGAGAUCCACAAGGAGUUCUAUGAUGGGCUUUUCCCCCGUGUGCAACAGUGGAGCCACCAGCAGCGGGUGGGCGACCUGUUCCAGAAGCUGGCCAGCCAGCUGGGUGUGUACCGGGCCUUUGUGGACAACUACGGGGUUGCCAUGGAAACAGCAGAGAAGUGCUGUCAGGCCAAUGCUCAGUUUGCAGAAAUCUCUGAGAACCUGAGAGCCAGAAGCAACAAGGAUGCCAAGGACUCGACCACCAAGAACUCUUUGGAAACUCUACUCUACAAGCCUGUGGACCGGGUGACAAGGAGCACACUAGUUCUGCACGACUUGCUGAAACAUACUCCAUCCAGCCACCCUGACCAUUCCCUGCUGCAGGAUGCCCUCCGCAUCUCACAGAACUUCCUGUCUAGCAUCAACGAGGAAAUCACUCCCCGCCGACAGUCCAUGACAGUGAAAAAGGGAGAG